CACUACCCGUGUACGUAUUCUAUCACUGCAGAAUACGAAAUGUCUCAAAUAGGACUUUAUUUUGAAAGUUGACGCCUAAAUCACCGUCGUACUUCCGGAUAAACAUUUAGACUUCCGCUUGAGUGGCGGGACGCAGGUGACGUUGAUUAAUUCAAACAACUAGUCAGCAAUGUCUACGUUGGAAACAACACGCGUAGAGAAGAAACGUCCACCGCCUGUCAAAGUUUUCUCCGCUCAGCUGAAGACGGCAGCCGUCAGCGGGGACGGCUGGGUGGUCAGACUGGACAGAGGUCGAUCUUUGCCGGUGACGCUAGUGUGGAUGCAGGGCACCGUGCUGGACGUGCAGCUGGAGCAGAACACCGUGCUGCUCAUGGACGAAACUGGGACGUUUGCUGUCCAGGGAGUCAACAACAUUCCUCGGGGGAAGCCGUGUUUGUCUCAAGGCAAGUAUGUGAUGGUGAUGGGAGUCAUCCAAGCCGUUUCCCCGGAGCCGGUCAUCCGUGCCGUAAAGAUGGCUGAUCUGUCAGAGAAGACUGCCAUUCACCGACAGAUGUGGAAACUGGAAGUGGAGGAGCUACAGCAUGUUCUCUGCUCACUGGCUGCUGGGAUGGACGCUGCUCCGACCGUCAUCUGUGCCACUGAAGAAAAACCUGCACAAUGAUCCCGUCUGGUUGAUGUCUGCUGACGUUACAUACAGCAAACUGCUCGUGACUGUGAUCCAGGACGCAUCGCCAUCUUCAUCGUCACCUCAGAAAUCCUGUCUCCAAGUCGGAACUCCAUGUAUGUAGUAACACCUGUGUAAUUCUGAUCAGGAAAAAAAAA